GGAGAAAACCCGCACUCCGGUCUGAUUUUGACCAUUCAAAGUCAAGACAGAAAUAUGGAGAGCGAAGAUGAAGAGUCGCGGAGGCCUCAGACAACAUCAAGUGGUCAUCUGGAACCGAAAGAUACAACUGAAAAUAAUUCAGUCGACUCAUCUGUAAUGCAUGACCGUGGUAUACCAGGACUCCUGCCAGCAACAAAAGCUUCAGAUAAACAAAAGAAAGCUGUAAUUCGGUUCCGAGAACACGAGGGAAGAGCAGACAGUCCGCCAAGCAACCUUAAUGUCCGACGAGACAGCAAAACAGUUCACAUUGAUGAGGUAUCCUCUCCACAGUCCUUGGAUUAUGGUGAUAGUGAUGAUAGUUCUGAUGACGAUGAGAUCCAAUAUUGUGACUGUGUUGCUGCUGCUUUACAGCAAUCUCUUCCCGGAACACCUGGAAGAAAAGGAAUCAUUCCCUACAUGUCAAUUUAUGAUACUCAACAGCAAGCUCGUCGUCGAGGAUAUUGGAUACCAGGAGUUCCGGUUAACGCGAAAAUUGUAAAAGUCGAGAGAAAUACGGAUCGGGGAAUUCACUUUAUUAAUACACUUCUCUACACAAUCGAGCUGGAACAUGGACAAUUUCGUUGGAGCGUCAUCAGAAACUACAAAGAUUUCACACUUCUCAACAAUCGUCUCAUGGCACAUCGUGCUCGUGAACAAUUUAUGGCACCAAUUAAAAGAACACAAGAGCGAUUCGAUAAUUAUUUGGAGCAUAUGGGUAUUGAUAUUAUUUCUGAUCACAAGCCAGAGUGUCCAUACUCAAAUCAAAGCUCUAAACGGAAGAGACAUCCGAAGCUGCAAGUUCUGAAGCGUGAUUCGGAUGGAAUUGAAGAAUCAAAGAAUACAUCUGCUCCACUAGCAUCAGUUGAAUCACCUGGAGAAGUAGAAGAUGCAUUCAAAAAGGAAGUUCACAUGCAGCAAGCUGUACAAUCUGGAAUUCUCGAUGAAACUGUCAAUGAGGCUAAUACAUCCGAAGGAACACCUAAACGGCAGCGACGUCAACAGAGAAAGAAGGAUCGGCACACUCUUCCACGUUUCCCAAUGAUGCCUGAUUCGAUGGUAACAAAUUUGGAGCAUCGUAAAGAGCUUCUCGAGAACUGGCUCCAAAUGGUUCUUCACAUUCCGAUCAACAGAAAUCAUCACGAAACUGCUGAAUUUUUGGAGGUUUCGAGAUAUUCAUUUGUCAAUGAGCUUGGUGGAAAACAUACGGAAGGAUUUGUCAAGAAACGUCCUGGAGGUUCGAGAGUGUUCCUUGGAUGGAAGCAAUGUUGUGUACGAUAUCUUCUACCGUGGAGUAAAAGAUGGCUUAUGGUUCGUGAUUCAUUUGUUGCAUAUAUGGAUCAUCGAACUGAGCAGAUUCGGAUGGUAUUGCUAAUGGAUCGUGAUUUCAAAGUUGCAGCUGGAGGAAAAGAAACAGAAGGAAUUCCGACAGGACUCAUUAUUACAAAUAGUCAACAUGAGCUUCAUCUAAAAUGCCGCCGUCUUCAGGACACUGCCACGUGGAAAUACAUUAUUGAGCAGGCUAUGGGUGGAAUCGGAAAUACUUGGCUUCAACCACACAGAUUCAGUUCCUCAUUUCCAGUACGUGAGAACUGCCACGCGAAAUGGUUUGUUGAUGCGAAAACAUACAUGGAAUAUGCGGCUGAUAUGAUGGAACUGGCUCGGGAAGAAAUUUACAUUACCGAUUGGUGGCUCAGUCCAGAGAUUUACAUGAAACGGCCAGCUCUCGAAGGAAACUAUUGGCGUUUGGAUGAAAUUUUGAAGAGAAAAGCUGAGCAAGGUGUGAAGAUUUUCAUAUUGUUGUAUAAAGAAAUGGAAAUGGCACUUGGUCUCAAUAGUAUUUACUCAAAACGGACACUUCAAGGACUUCAUGAAAAUAUUAAAGUAAUGAGGCAUCCUGAUCAUUAUCCAUCAACUGGAACAUUCUUCUGGGCUCACCACGAAAAACUUCUGAUAAUUGAUCAAUUGAUCUCUUUUGUUGGAGGAGUUGAUCUUUGCUUUGGACGAUGGGAUGAUCAUCGACAUUUGCUGACUGAUCUUGGAUCCGUACAAUAUUCUGGUGCACAUCAAGUUGCUACAAAUAUGGCCAGUGGAUUGAGAAGCUUGAUGACAGCUCCGUUAACGCUUUCUCCUUUGGGUCUUGAGGAACAUGAGAAAGUGACGCCGAGAAACGAGAAUGGAGGUAAAAAUGGAUCAGUAAAGCGUGUCGCUGUUGAGGAAAUAAAUGAAGUUGACGAGCCAAAAGAAGUUACUGGAAGAACACAAGAAACCGAAUUGACCGAUAAUGAAGAUAUCUCUGAAGAUUCUGAUGUUAAAAAGAUUAUGGAAGAGACAAUAUUCACUGAUAAAGAAACUGGUGGAGUCGUUGUCCGAACACUUAACCGAUUCCCUGUGGAUGAAGCUAUACGUCAUUCUAGUCCUGCUGAUCCACAAAAGAACUGGAAAGAAACUAAAACAACUGUUGUAGAAUCAACAUCAACUUCUGGUGGAGUAACUUCUAAAACUACAACGACGACUACUACAACUAGAGUAGUAAAGGAUAAUACUCUCGAAAAGGAGAAGAAUAAGAAAGAACUUCGUCGAGCUGUCACUUCAUUGGAACGUCAGCGGAAGCAUGUCCCACGUGAGAUUCUGGACAAAGCUGGCCCUGCUCCGUCAAUGAUUGAGAAGGCUGCAAAGAGUGGAAUGGAUUUUGCAUCGGCAGCCGAGAAAUAUAAGGAAUACGUGGCAAGUGGAGCUGUUCAGAAGGAGAAACAUCGAGCCCAGACCCCUCCGAAUCGUCGAAAAGCCAAGAAAGAUUCGAGAAUAACUCGUGCUGUGGGUGCUGUGGGCAAUUGGAAGAGCAACAGAGCCAAGAGAAAGUGGAAGCAAAUGCUUGAAAGUGAUGAAGCCACAAUGGGAUAUGAGUUGGAUUGGUUGCGACUUCGUGAAAUGGACGAAAAAGGUGAUGGAGAUGAUGAAAUUGAUGGAGGUGCAAAGUUAUGGUAUGGAAAGGAUUAUGUCAAUUAUAUCGCGAAAGAUUUCGUCGAAGUUGAUAUGCCAUUCCAUGAUUUUAUUGAUCGUGGAUCUACUCCAAGAAUGCCAUGGCAUGACAUCCAUUCUGUAACUUUUGGUGCUCCAGCUCGUGAUCUUGCUCGUCAUUUUAUUCAACGAUGGAAUGCUACAAAGACGGAGAAGCUGAAGGAUGACAAGAAUUAUCCGUAUCUCUUACCAAAAAGCUACGAGAAUGUUCGUGUUCCACGUGUCUUCAAAACAGCGAAUGCAUCUGAAAUGGUCAAUGUACAAGUUCUCCGUUCCUUGUCUAACUGGUCAGGAUUGAUAAAUCAAACUGAAGAUUCGAUUCAAAUGGCAUAUCUUUCACUCAUCGCCAACUCGAAGCACUACAUCUACAUUGAAAAUCAAUUUUUCGUUUCUAUGAUUGAAUCAAAUGAUGUCACGAAUGAAGUUUGCAAAGUUAUUUAUAAUCGUAUCGUCAGAGCUUACAAAGAAAAAGACAAUUAUCGUGUCUACAUCAUGAUUCCACUUCUACCUGGAUUCGAAGGAGACGUCGGUGCUCCUGGUGGAUCUUCUCUUCAAGCAGUUCUUCAUUGGACAUAUCAAUCAUUGAGUCAGGGACCGAAUUCUUUGAUUCAAAGAUUGAAAGCUGUGAUGCCUGAUCCAUUUAAAUAUAUUCAUGUAGGAUCACUCAGAACCUAUGAUCAACUUGGACAGAAAUUGGUAUCUGAGCUCGUCUACAUUCAUUGUAAAUUGCUCAUCGUCGAUGAUGAGCAUGUUAUCAUUGGAUCAGCAAAUAUUAAUGAUAGAUCACAGUGUGGAAAUCGUGACUCUGAAGUAUGCUGUGUGUACACUGACGUCGUCAAAGAACGUUCGGUUAUGGAUGGAAAACCAUUCGAGGCUGGACGAUUUGCAAAGAGCCUACGGAUGCAAUGCAUGAGGGAACAUCUUGGCCUACUUCCCGACUCCCGCCGGAAAGCGAAAUUCCCGUAUGCAGUGUCAUGCGAUGAUCCUGUCGCCGAUAGUUUCUUUGUUGAUGUAUGGCAAUCAACUGCCAAGAGUAAUGGUCAGAUUUAUGAAGAGGUUUUCCGCUCCUACCCCACCGAUUUCGUGGAAACUUUUGAAGAGUUCCAAAAAUGGACAUCACAGAUUCCAAUGUCCGAAUAUUCUCCACAACAAGCUGAGGAAAGAGUUCGAGAUCUAAAAGGUGUCCUCGUCGAUUUCCCACUCAACUUCCUUUGCAAAGCAGUUCUGACUCCAGGAAUAACAUCAAAAGAGGGACUUGUUCCAAGUGCUGUAUUCACAUAAUUUUAAUCAUCAAUUAAUCAGAUUUUCUGCCAGUUUUUUUUUGCUCUUUGCCAAUGUGAUUCUUUCAGAGUUUUCAGCUAUUUUUUUGUGUGUAACUGCCGGUUUUCUUUUUUGUUAAUGGCAGCUAAAGCCCCUGCUCCGCCAAUUUGCCUGUGAAAUACCCCCUAAUAGUUCAAUUGUCACUAAUUCAGUGGAGAUAACAAACCAGUAAUUUUAUAGUAAAUUUCAGAGUUACUCUGAAUAAUAUUGCUUGUAUACCAAAAAAGACGAACCGAACUCCUCAAUGCCAAAUUUUUUAAUUCUUAUUUAGCUCAUUUUCUCUAUAAAUAAUGAUUUUUCAAAUUAAUCAUACAAGAAUAAACAUUUAUUUUUAUU